AUGUCCGGGAAUGAAUGGCUCAAAAGCUCAAAGCAGUCUUCUUCUCCAUCACUUGUCUGUAAGUACUCUCUCUCUCUCUCUCGCGCACACACAAACACAAUUUUUUUUUUUGAAAGUUAGCAUACAAAUUUGUAAUCUUUUCUUAUAUUAUACCUUUCUUAUUGGCUACUAGUUUUUCUGGGUUAAUAUCUUCAAGUUUCUUGCUUGGUUGUUUUGUUUCUAAUGUAGGUUUCUUACCUUAAUCUCUUAAUUUUACCUCUUUUCUGUGUAUUUCAUUAGUUCCUUUUGUGCUUUUAUCGGAAACUGGACAGUUUGAAGCUACCCAAUACCUGUUUAUCUAUUAGGUUUUCAUCUGGGUUACAAUGCCCAAAUUUUGCUUGCUAAUUUGGGUGUGAACAGUAUUCCUGGUUGUUUCGAUGCAUUUGGAAAUUAGCUCAUAUUUUUGGGUGGUACGAGUGGGUGAAAGUGAAUCAACCAAGUUAGGUGUUUUAAGGUGCGGAAUGUAGAAAGGACGAAGAGUUGGAGGAGGAGGAGGGUAGGGGGAGGUGAGGAAGAAGAAGUAUAGAAAGGGAUAGAUAUUAUGGACUGGGAUUGGAAGACACCUUCAUGUGAUAUACCCGAAGUUGAACAGGAAACCAUUUCCACUGGCAAUGCAAUGAGUGGGUCGAUUAGCCUUGGAAAUCAGGGAAUUAAGGGGGAAUUUUCAAUCGAUUUGAAGCUUGGUCAGGUGGUGGAUUCAGGCAGUGGGUUAGUAGAUAAUUUGAAGGUUCAAAGUGUUUCCAAAAUGGAAAUGUCACCAUCAGGGUCAUUGAAGAGGCCUCGUGGAAUUGGUAAUGGAAUUCAGACUGCAUCUUGCCUUGUGGAUGGAUGCAAUGCAGACCUUAGCAACUGUAAGGAGUACCACAGGCGCCAUAAGGUCUGUGAGCACCACACUAAGACACCACAGGUUAAAAUCCGCGGUCAGAAACAGCGGUUCUGCCAGCAGUGCAGCAGAUUCCAUUCGCUAGAUGAAUUUGAUGAGGAAAAGAGAAGCUGCAGGAAGCGUCUUGAUGGACACAACCGUCGACGACGGAAGCCACAGCCAGAACCACUAUCACAUCUCGGUCCCAGAUAUUUGUCGUUCUCCAGUUCACAGGUAUUUCCAAUGACUGCUGCAUCGAAUACAAUAUGGUCUGGAGUUGAAAAAGCUGAGCAACAUGAUAAGCUCCACAACGAGCACUCACAAUUGCAGCACCUGCCCAGCAAACAAAAUCUAUUUCCUGGACCCUCAUCUAGCAGCAACGCAGGAGGAUGGAAGCCUCCUAGUUUCUUGCACAUGACUAACCUCUCACUCAGCAACCAAACAGCUUCUGAAGCUUCCAUCUGCCAAUCAGUUCUCAAGACCGUUGCUUCAUCAGAAAGUGAUGCACGUAGCCACCAAAUGCCCUGUGAUGGAUUGUCAACUCAAGUUCUCCAUUCUGAUCGUGCUCUCUCUCUUCUGUCAUCGUCUCCAACCCAGACAUCCGGAAUUUGUUUGAGCCACUCAACCCCCAUGGCACAUCCCUUACACCCAGGCCUACAUUACAAUAGUCUGGAGGCCAUGAAUUCAAUUCUGAUUCCCAAUGCUGGUGAAGCUAGUGUCCAUUGCCAAGGAAUGUUUCAGUCAGGGCCUGAUGAACCCUCUGAUAAUGAAGCUCCACAAACACUUCCCUUCUAUUGGGAAUAGUCAAGAUAGUCCUUAUUCUCCUCUGUUGCAGAAUAAAUCUGGGAUUUGGUUUCAAUAAUUUUGAAGGAACUCAUUCAUUAUGAGAAUGAAGUUUGUGUUUACGAUGUAAAAUGUUCAUUUUUGUAGAACUAAGUUGGCUUCUUUGCUAUCAUCUUGUCGUCAUUUUAGUUUCAUGUUGCUUCUUCCCAAUAUGUUUGGAGUGAUGCCCGUUAAUUGAAUUUGUUGUAUAGGGUCUUUGAAAGUGAGGUAAUUUUCUUUCCUUCAGGAUGUAAAGUCUUUCAAUGACUAGCU